ACUCCUGGACGAGUCAUAUAUCUCAUCAUUGUGAUCUCGUUUCCAUUUGGACUCUUUCCGUCGACCUACUGACAUAAUUCUUGAAGGACAGCGAUGGCGGGAGUGAAACGGAAAAUUGACGCCUCCCAAGGGUCUGCUGCAGCGGUAUCAGGUGGUAAUUCUACAACACUUGGUGCCGCACACAGCACAACUAAUUCUACUGCUGAUGAUGCAUCUCACGUCCGCGUGACUCGAAGCUUACGUUCAAGUCGAGAUGUGCGUGCUACUCAAAAUGAUGCUCGUAAUCACAGCAACGCUUCUGCCAUGAGCGGAGGCAGCGGCAGCAACAACAGCCACCACAGCAACAGCAACAACACCACUUAUAAGCCUAAUCCUAAUCGCCCAUCGCGUAUCAUCACUCUUAGCACUCGUGUCGCUCGGGCAAACACCGCAGCCCGUGAACGCGAACAAGCCGCACGGGACCAAGCUCUUCGCGAGAACGUAACUCGUGAAACGCGCAACACUCGGACUCGUGCUGGUACUUCGUGGCCUUCGCAGCCAGUAGAAGGCGUAGUGGCACCUGUGCCUGAAACCCCACGGCAUAAACGCGUGAAACGGGGCUCCACGGUGGAAGAGACACCGAGAACCACGCGGCAAUCGGCGCGGCUCAAAGCACAUGUUCCAUCCACCUCGACAGAGGAUGGGAUUGCUGAUAUAGGUCUGAUGCCGAAGCCUUCGGAAUCAAGCCCUUCAGCAACCGCUGCUCCAAGUAGCCGUACUCGAAACAAGAGCCGGCAAUGGGCAGACAGUUCCAACGAUACCAUUCACAGUGGCGCCGCCAAUUUUAUCACUCCUGCAAUCCCUGAGGCUGAAUCGCCCUCACCCGAUCGGACGACCCUCAACCUUGUGGAAGAUACGAAGCCUCUCUACGAGGAGCCUCACCUGAGCCCUAAGCUGGCUAUUGAGGAAUCACCCAAGGGUACAGUGGUCGAGGAUGAGAAGAACGGGGUUAGUGUACCAGCACUGUCUGAAGCUGAUGAUUCUGUCAAUGCUCCAAGCACCCCUAGUCCCCCAUCUUCCUGGAAGCGAAGAUCACCCGGACAUUCACAGCGUAACGGAGCUGAUUCCGAGAACUUCCUCGAGUCACCCAGCAAAAAGCCUAAGCUGGAAGAGGGCGAAUCUGAUCGUGUUUUGGAGCAGCAGUCACAGCCCUUUACCAAUGGCCUCAACGGCAGAUCUGAAUCGGAGUCUCUUGUAAAGGCUGCAACUGAUUCGAAAGCCGAUGGCCAGUCCCGGCACACUACAGAGGAAAUAGAGGGCUCAACACCAGAGAUUGUGACGGAGCCUACAGCUACUCGAGGUUUCCGCGGUGGUCGGGUUCGGGGUCGAGGGCGAGGGGGCCGCAGCAGGGGAGCCGCGCGCUUUGCAGCCAACAAACGAGGACGAGGUGGUACUCGUAGCGGCCGCGGGCGUGCUGGCCGACAGCUUGACAGAUCAAGUGAUGUCGAGCCUGACCGCUCUCCUUCUCCUAGUGCAGCAACUCAGAGACUCCGUGAUCGACAGCGUGAGCUGGAUAAGGCAUUCAAGAAAGUGGCUGCCGCUCAGCGUUUGGCUCUGGCAGUGCUGGCGACGCAAUCUGAGAGACGAAUCGCCCGAGACAAGAAUGCACACAAGGAUGUGCCCGAAUUUGAGGAAGUCAACCAACAACUACAGGAGCGGCUGCGGCAGAAGAAGGAUGUACUCCGCAGAGAAUUCGAACUUAAAGUGGAGCAAGAGAAUCGGUUGUUCCAAGCCUAUAGAGAAGUAGUCGAGGAGCGUUUUCAGACAUCCGCUCGCAAUAUCCGGGAGGAGCAUUUGAUCGCCAGUCAGGGAGCAUACAUGACAUUUGUAAGAGGCCGUCGUGCUGCGGAAGAUGAUGAGCACACCGAGACGGACGAUUCAGAAACCGAGCCCGAGCGGGGGCCAGUUGUGCCACCUGCGCGGGAAAUUUUCCGAGGGUUCAAUUCCUCUUACGUUCGGGUUCCCUCCGGAGCUGCUGCUUACGAACGGGCCUGGCUUGGCUGGGAUGAUUUCGUUCAGCGAGCUAAAGUAGGCGAAGACAUCGACCCGCAAAUGAAGGAAAUGUGUGAAUCAGGGCCCUUCUCAGGCUUUACUUCGGAUGAGAUUAUCGACAUGCUCGUGAAGGCAACUGGGGUAGUGGAUGUACGAACAAACGCAACAACGGCGGGGGAGACGCAGCCCCCGGUCAUACAUGAUAUACGCCCUCGAGCAUUAUCGGCCUUGGCGGAUAUCGCAGCCGCCGAAACUCCUCGGCCCCCUAUCGCCGCUGCUCCCCGAUUUCCGCCUGCUCCCCCCCAUCGAACCAUUCUCCCCCAACCUGCUCUGACGCAUGGUCCUCCUGAGCCUCGGGCCUUUGUCCUUCCCCCGCCCACUCCUCAGCGACAACAGCCCCGACGACUGCUCCCUGCCGGUCAGCAAAUUCCGCCCAUCAAUGAGCAACUCGGCCUACCCGAUCCAUUUGCCUCGAUGGGGGGACCGCCCCAUCUUCCUCCACCGCCAGGAUCGAAUUUCCACCGGCCUCCGCUUCCUGGUUACUUGACUGGACAUCAUGCUCCAAGUCUCUAUUAUCCCCCUCCGCCACCACCCCCACCACCUGGACCCCGUCCACCUUAUUAAGAGGCGCAGAAACUGCUUCUAGGCGUUGUUCCUCAGUCGGUCGCGGCGUCAUACAUCUGGUUUACUGAUUAUCUUUCCUUCCUUUGCGGAUGCGUGACGGAGGCUUCUGACUUAUCGAUUUAUUUCCUUUCUUCUUACUUCUUCUUCGUUGAAGUAGAUCAUAUUACCUUGGAUUGUCUUGGAUUGUGCUGGGAAUCG